GCGGCGAUGGCUGCUAUCAUCCAAAUUCCCAAGACGACUAAGGCUCUAGUCCUUCGCAAAGCGGCGGCGAACGGCAAGUCUGUCCUCCAUGACGCGGUGGUCGAGGAACGGCCCCUUCCCCAGCUCAAGCCAGGUCAGAUUCUUGUGCGGGUGCAUGCUGCCGCGUUCAACCACCGAGACCUAUGGAUCCGUAAGAACCUCUACCCUGGCAUUGGCUUUGGAAGGGUUCUCGGCGCCGACGCCGCAGGCGUUGUCGUCGCGUCCGCCGAUAAGAACGAUUCCCUGCUGCAGAAGCGCGUCUUCCUCCUCCCAAUGCGAGGCUGGGAGAAAGACCCAGAUGCCCCCGAGUCUGACUUCAUCAUAGUCGGCGCAUCGAAGGCGAUUGACUUCGGCACGUUCGCGCAAUACAUCGUCGUCGACCGCGACCAAGUCAUUCCGACUCCGGACCACCUGGACGACGUGCAUGCCGCUGCAUGGCCUCUCGGUGGUGUUACUGCUUGGAGGGCAACCAUAGUCAACGGUGCCGUGAAGAAAGGCGACAACGUUCUUAUAACCGGCAUCGGAGGAGGCGUCGCCAUCCUUGCGCUCCAGCUUGCCAUUGCGGCGGGCGCGAACGUCUACGUUACGAGCGGCAGCGAAGAGAAGAUCCGUAAAGCUAUCGAGCUCGGAGCGAAGGGCGGCGUGAGCUAUAAGAACAACGAUUGGCCAACCCAACUCGGCAAGCUGCUUAAGGAGAAUGGAAAAGGUCUGCUCAGCGCAGUCAUCGACGCCGGGGGAGGAGACAUCUUGGGCAAGACCUCCCCGAUCCUGAAGCAAGGCGGGCGCGUCGUCGUCUUCGGAAUGCACGCAAACCCCAAGGUGACGAUCACGAUGCGCGAAGUGAUGAAGAACCAGAAGAUCCUCGGAUCUACCAUGGGCUCGCACAAAGACCUCAUCGACGCUACGAACUUCCUUGCUGAGCACCGCAUCGUGCCCGUCGUCUCCCAUGUCCUAGACGGGCUCGAAUCGGCCGACGAGGGCUUCAAGCUUCUCCAAGAGGGGUCUCAUGUUGGCAAGAUCGUCAUCCGUAUACCUCCUGUUUCUCCCCAAACAUUUCCCGCGAAGCUCUGAGUUCAGCUCAUCUUCCGCUCAUCUCCCAUACCUCUCAUCAUCCUCAGCGGAUCCGUCACACUAGCACACCGAAACUCCUCGAUCUAACUGUAUAUAUGUACACUCCAAUGAGAC